AUGUUGACAAAGUGUGGAAAGAGUUUUACUCAGCAGAAUCAUCUCCGACAACACCAGCGCAUUCACACAGGAGAGAAGCCGUAUCACUGCUCAGAGUGUGGGAAGAGUUUUACUCAGCAGAGUUCCCUUAAAAUACACCAGCGCAUUCACACAGGAGAGAAGCCGUAUUACUGCUCAGAGUGUGGAAAGAGUUUUACUCGACAGAGUUUCCUUAAAGAGCACCAGCGCAUUCACACAGGAGAGAAGCCGUAUCACUGCUCAGAGUGUGGGAAGAGUUUUACUCAGCAGAGUCAUCUCCGACAACACCAGCGCAUUCACACAGGAGAGAAGCCGUAUCACUGCUCAGAGUGUGGAAACAGUUUUACUCAACAGAGUUCCCUUGAAGAGCACCAGCGCAUUCACACAGGAGAAAAGCUGUAUCACUGCUCAGAGUGUGGAAACAGUUUUACUCGACAGAGUUCCCUUGAAGAGCACCAGCGCAUUCACACUGGAGAAAAGCCAUAUCACUGCUCAGAGUGUGGAAAGAGUUUUACUCGACAGAGUUCCCUUAAAGAGCACCAGCGCAUUCACACAGGAGAGAAGCCGUAUCACUGCUCAGAGUGUGGAAACAGUUUUACUCGACAGAGUUCCCUUGAAGAGCACCAGCGCAUUCACACUGGAGAAAAGCCGUAUCACUGCUCAGACUGUGGGAAGAGUUUUGCUUAUGUAAAGAAUUUUAAGCAACAUCAGCGAAUUCACAUAGAAUACCAACAUCACUGUUAA